UAGUGAACCAAGGAUGAAGCUCCUUUUUAUAGCUGUCUUUGCACUCUUUGUGCUCUCUACAAUUGACAGGGCUGAUUCUUCAGCUUAUGACAAAAUAGUCGCUCACAGUCGCAUCAGGGCAAGACAAGAAGGACCCAAUGUCUGCGCGCUCCAGCAGGUCAUGGGGACCAAGAAGAAGUACUUUAGUACUUGUCGUAAUUGGCACCAAGGGGCCAUCUGUGGAAAGAAAGCGACUGUGCUUUAUGAGUGCUGCCCGGGGUACACGAAGCUGGAGGGCAUGCGUGGUUGCCCUGCAGUGGCCCAAAUUGACAAUGUCUAUAACACGUUGGGUCUGGUGAAGGCCACCUCAACCCAAAGAUACGCUGACAUUUCUAAGCUAAGGACUGAGAUAGAGGGAUCUGGAUCCUUCACCUUCUUUGCCCCCAGCAACGAUGCCUGGGAGGAUUUGGAUGAGGCCACGAGGAGUGCACUGGUCAGCAAUGUCAACAUUGAGCUGUACAACGCUCUGCAUUUUCACAUGGCCAACAAACGCUUCUUGACCAAAGAUUUAAAGAAUGGAUUGACAGUCACCUCCAUGUACAAUGACCUUGGUCUCCAAAUUAACCAUUACCCCAAUGGGGUGGUGACUGUGAACUGUGCCAGGAUUAUCUAUGGCAACCAGAUUGCUACCAAUGGAGUUGUGCAUGUCAUUGACCGUGUUAUCAGCGCUGUUGGAAACACAAUCCAAAAUGUCAUUGAGGUUGACGAUGACCUGACAACUCUGAGCGAUGUGGCUCAAAGCGCUGGACUGUUGGAGAAGCUGGGUGAGCCAGGACAUUACACUCUCUUUGCCCCUACCAAUGAAGCCUUUGAGAGUCUUGACAGCGGCGUUCUGGAGAGACUUCAUAGCAACAAGGAGGUCCUCAAAGCUCUUUUUAAUUCCCACCUCCUGGACUCAGUCCAGUGCUCUGAGGCCAUUACAGUUGGCAACUCUUAUGAGACCUUGGAGGGUAACAGCAUUGAGAUUGGUUGUGAUGGCGAAAGUUUAACAGUCAACGGCAUCAAGAUGGUGCGCAAGAAGGACAUUGUCACCACCAAUGGUGUCAUCCACCUUAUUGACCAAGUGCUCAUGCCAGACUCAGCUAAACAGGUGAUGGAACUGUUGGGAAAUUCCCAGUCAACCUUUGGUGACUUGGUGUCUGAGUUGGGCCUUUCUUCUGCCAUGAGAGCAGAUGCUGAGUACACUUUGCUGGCUCCCCUCAAUGUUGCCUUCACUGAUGAAGUGAUGUCCAUGGAUCAGAGAUUGCUCAAGAUUAUCCUGGAGAACCACAUCUUGAAGAAUAAGAUUGUCCUGGGACAGUUAUACAAUGGGCAGAGGCUUGAGACCAUUGGAGGAAAAUUUCUGAGGGUCUUCAUCUAUCGCACAGCUGUGUGCAUUGAGAAUGCCUGUCUGGUAAGAGGCAGUAAAGAAGGAAGUAAUGGGGCCCUUCAUCUCAUGAAGACUCUGUUGAAGCCAGCGGAAAAAACUAUGUUUGAGAUUCUGACAGAAAAUGGAGGAUUCAAGAUCUUUUUGUCUCUGAUGAAAGCGGCUGGCUUGACUGACCUGCUGAAACAGGAGGGAGAAUUUACUCUGUUUGCCCCAAGCGAUAAAGCUUUCACUGGUUUGAGCGACAGUGAUUUGGCCUUGUUGAAGAGUGACAUAAAUGCUCUCAGAACCAUCCUUCUGUAUCACAUCAACAAUGGUGUCUUCAUUGGUGGUGGUUUGGAGAUUUGGGUAACAAACCUACUCAAGACUCUCCAGGGCAGCAACCUCAAAGUGACAUUUGCAAACAAGACUAUGCAAGUGAAUUCUGUAAACGUCCCUAAAUCGGACAUCAUGGCCACAAAUGGAGUCAUUCACUUCGUCAACCAUGUCUUGUAUCCUGGAGAUGUCCCUGUUGGAAGCCAGGAUUUCUUAAUGCUAUUGAAGAGGCUCAUCAGUUACAUGCAAAUCAAGUAUAUUUCAGGAAUCAGAUAUCAGGAAAUUCCGCUUACAUUUAUGAAGAGGAUCAUCACUCGUGUCGUCGAGGAAGUUCCUGAUGUAACCAAAGUGAUAAGGGUUGUCCAAGGGGAACCCACCAUUACUAAGGUUACCAGAUUUGUCCAAGGGGAUCCCACCAUUACUAAGGUUACCAGAGUCGUCCAAGGUCAACCCUCCACCACCAAAGUUACCAGGGUCAUUGAAGGUCAACCGUCCAUCACCAAAGUCACCAGGGUUGUCUCAGGCCCUCAGUCCUCAGUUCGCACUGGCACCACCCACAUCAACCUGGAAGGAGCUGACCUUUCAGAAAUUGCUGACAAUGAAGGGAAUCCCACUCUCCAAAGAGUUUUAGCUGGCAAUAGGAGAAGGGGAUGGGACUGAGCAUGGACGGAUGAGAAUAUCAACGUUUUAAAGGCAGAGAGAAACACCAAACCCAGCCGUUGUAACUCGAAUUUUAAUAUAGGGGAUACACUUAAAAUGUCAGUGAUUUCAAAUAUCCUGCAAUAGGUAUAACUGACAAAAAGAAAAUUAAUUUCAUAAACAAUUUAAUGGUGCUUUGGAUUUAUUUCUACUAGUGUGCAAUGUUUGAAAAGAGUCUUUGAAUUCAGCAUAUGUAAACAGUGUUCAAAUUAUCAUGUUGGCAUGACUUUAAAGAUAUGCAGCAAAACUUCUCUAUGCCUCUACUAGAGGUGAAGGUUAAAGCAAAGAUAUUUUACUAGCUGUUCAGGAAGAUUUAUAAAUCUCAGCAUAAUAAAAUUUAUAACAGAAAUGAUGACAUGUUUUCAGACAUAUUCUGUUACAUAGUUUUAAUUUCUCUGGCUGUACAUUGUUUAAAAGUUUCAUGUAAAUUGUUUCUCUGCUUGUAACAUUUGGAACAAUGUAUCCAACUGCCAGUUUUGUCGUGUUUAUUGUUCAAACAUCUUCCAAUAAAGUGCAUUCUUUGAUAUAAAAAUACCAAUUUGAAAAGGGCACCUCAAGAGAUCAAGAGAGUUUUUUUGGAGUCAUUUCUAAUGUACUUGUAAGGCUUGUGGCUUUGGGUCAGGCCCAGAUCCUCUGUUUUUUGGCUCAUGUGCAAAACUCUUCAGUGCAGUUUAUAGCUUCUUGGAUGGACUAAAAUGGGUAAAACACAAACAUGGAGAAAUGGAAAAAGCAAUUUUUUGUUCAUUUGUAAUUUUACUGUACAUUAAAAAGAUGAAGUCAUCCUACUCAUUAUCAUUGUGGUGCCAUUGACAUGCUGCUUUAUUUAGUAAUAUUUCAAAUGACAUCUUAAGUGAAGCAUUGUGUCUGUUCAUCAUCGUCAGUGGCCUGUGGAAAAUCGAAAUAAUUACUUGCCUGCCAAUGAAACAAGUACAAAAAUAUGUUGCCUUAUUUACUAUAAAGAAAUACGUAUGACAUGUGAGAUAUGUGACAUAUGAUGUAUGAGAUGUACUGUAUGUAUGAUAGAAAAUAGAUGAUAGCACUUAAAUCCUAUACCUUGUUUUUUGCUUGCUUACUUACAUCACUAAAGACUAAUGAAUAAAGAGGCACCAUAUCUCAAAUGGAGUUUUGAUACACUGUCUUCGUUCCAGGGGGAUUGACUGAUCCUAAUUCAGUGACAGUGACAUCCUUAGCUGCACAGAUACAGUAUGGCAGUAUGAAAAUAUUGUUAUUAAGUUGUCUGUUUGUAAUGCUGGAGAUGUGCUGGAAAUCAGCUCUCCAUGGCCAUAAAAAUAAACCAUUUAUCUUUC